UGCUGCUGCUUGCUGAGCGCUGCUCCGGUGACGCUGCCCUCGCUGGCGUUCGCAUGGCAGCCGAGGCUCCACGCCCACUCGCUGCACACCGAGACAGGGAUUCCCCUAAAAUGGUGGCACGUCUUUAUUGUGUCGUACUAGUAACUCGGGAAGCAGCGGCAGACAGCACUUAACCUCCCAUUCCCUUCUUGUACAUUUUUUUUUGUUUUUUAGCUUAAUGUGCGGGCAGUUUCAUUUUUAAAAUAAAUCUAUUGUUCUAUGUUUUUGCAUUCACUUUCUGUCUCCGCCCUACUUACGCGCAUUGAAGCAAGCAUAAAAGCGCACAGAGUGAAGAGAAGAGGGGAGCAGGGCUAGAGAAUGAGAGAAACGCAGCUGCUGCUUGUGCUAGUCUGGGCUCACACAUUGCUGCACCGUCACACAAUCCGCAGGCUCUUCUGAAUGGGGAAGCAGGCAGGAGCAGUUGCAUGAGAUUGCUGGAAAGAAAAAAAAGAAGUGCCUUCUCCUGAAACAAUAAGAACGAGCGAAGCUGCCAGAGAGACACAGCCAGACAUCCACCACAACCAAACAGCCCUGCUCGGAUCCCUGGUCUCUCUCUCUCUCUCUCUCUCUCUGGUUUUUACUUUCUCUCUCUCUCUCUCCCUCCCUUCCUUUCUCUCUUUUUGUGCUCGGCUGGGGAAUUUGGCCUUGUUUGCACCCAUCCCUCAUCCAGACAGCAAGUCAUCCAUUCUCCUGCCGCUGAUCACUGGAGCUGGUAUUUAAGGAUUUGUUUUAUUCUGUCAUUUUUUUUUUUGUUGCCCUGGUUCGGACAGCCUUUUAUUUAUUUUUCGUAUUUUUUUUUAUUUUUGAAUUAUCGUGGUGAAGAACAGCAGGGAAGAAAGUUGUUUUUGGCUGUUGUCGGUGUGUCCUCCCUCCCUGCCUGCCUGCCUGUCUGUCUGCCUGACUGACUGACUGCCUUUCUUGGUUUGUUUAUUUUUGAUUUUGAUGUUACUGGUGGAGAGAACGAGAGAAAAACUGAAUUAAAGGAUAGAAACAAAAGGAAGUCGCUGUUCCCCAGAGGAGGAGUGCGGGUUGCUUCAUUAGAAAAGAAGAGACAGCUCGUAUUCAUUAUUUUUGUAUUAAGUCGUCAAGUUAAUUAAUCAGGACUCGCACCUUGUAUCCAACCCCCUGCUCGCCCGACACACACAAUGCGAAAGUGACUUAAUCAAAACUUUCACUAAAUUCACUUUGUGAAGAGCUGGACUCUCUGUUUCAAUCCCCCGGAAGGUAUUUCAUCUUCUUAAUCAGGGAAACACUAGUGCAAGGGCUGACGUUUCAGUGUCAAAUCUUUGUCUUUGUUCUUUGUUUUCAACCAAAGCUCCAAGUUAGAUCACACUUUUAUCGUUUUUAUUAUUAUUAUUGUAUUAUUUUUUCAUUCUGUUUUAUUUUUUUGGGGGGUGUGGAAAGAGAGGGGGCCCUUAUUCUGAUCCCCCCUCCCCCUGCACACUGUGCUUUGACUCCAGUCCUGUGCCAUGGCUGUAAAUGUAUCGAUGAGCCGUGACACAAAAUGGCUGACUCUGGAAGUUUGCCGGGAGUUCCAGAGAGGCACCUGCUCCCGCUCGGACGCCGAGUGCAAAUUCGCCCACCCGGCGAGGAGCUGCCACGUGGAGAACGGCCGAGUCAUCGCCUGCUUCGACUCGCUCAAGGGCCGCUGCACUCGGGAGAACUGCAAGUACCUCCACCCACCGCCCCACCUGAAGACCCAGCUGGAGAUCAACGGGAGGAACAACCUCAUCCACCAGAAGACAGCAGCUGCUAUGAUGGCACAGCAGAUGCAAUUCAUGAUGCCUGGAACCCAGCUGCAGCCCAUGACCACGUUCCCUAUGACGUCCUCCCUGACCAGCAGCCCCGCCAUGGCCUCCUUCAGCCCGUACCUGAGUCACAUGAGCUCUGGGAUGGGCCUGGUUCCCGAGCUCUUCCCCAACACUCCCAUGCUGGUCUCUGGGAACCCCACGGUCGCUGUCGGGGGCAGCUCUGCCGGGCAGAAGCACAUGCGCACCGACAAGCUGGAGGUGUGCCGUGAGUUCCAGCGAGGGAACUGCACGAGGGGGGAGACCGACUGCCGCUACGCCCACCCCAUGGAGACGGCCAUGAUCGACGGCUGUGAGAACUCUGUCGUCGUGUGCAUGGACUACAUCAAGGGCCGCUGCAGCCGUGAGAAGUGCAAGUACUUCCACCCGCCCACGCAUCUCCAGGCCAAGAUCAAGGCAGCUCAGCACCAGGCCAACCAGAACGCCGCCACAGCAGCAGCCAUGACCCAGCCAGACGCCCGAUCCCUGAAGCGACCCCUGCAGCCGACCCUUGACCUGGCUCUUCCUCCAGGGGCCCUGCAGCCGUUACCAAAGAGGCCGGCGCUCGAGAAAGCCAACGGUGGCACCACUGUCUUCAACCCCAGCAUGAGCAUGUUUCAUUACCAGCAGGCCCUGGCCAACAUGCAGAUGCAGAUGCAGAUGCAGCAGCCAGCCUUCAUACCGACAGGGUCUGUUCUGUGCAUGACUCCCACUGCUGGCGUUGGACUCCUCAAAUCCCCAAUGCCUGGCAAUGACUGCAGCUGGGAGAGGCGGGACUGGAGCAGCUGCAGGCUCCCCCACAGCCGCUACCUGUCAAUGCCUGGAUUAACUGUUCCCAUGAUGCACAGUGCUACGCCCUCCACUGUUACUUCAGCAGCAGCGUCUGUCACGAGUGUCCCUUUCGCUGAGUCUGCGGCUGCCAGUCAGAUCCCCACGCUAUCUGUCGAUGAACUGAACAGCAACAUGUUUGUCUCUCAGAUGUAGCCGUGGCCAGCCGAACAGCCGGGCGCUCAGAGGUUCUGCAGCAGCAAAGUGGAUCUCUGGUGUGUUUCCAUGGAAACCCGGUCACUCAGUUAACCCUAGUGCCCCCACGGCAAAGUCCACAGUAAGCCUAAUCCAGCCCACACGUUAACCAAAAAAAAGAAUUCAAGGGAAUAAUAAUAAUGAUGAUGAUGAUAAUAAUAAUAAGAAGAAUGAUGUCCGAAUAAUUCAGAUGUUAAAGAGACACGUUUCCAAUACCAGACGGAUGUGAAUGUGAAAGAUGCUGACCGCACAGAGAGGCAGGGUGAGGUGCUGUGCUGUCCUGCGCAAAAAGAGCAGGCUUUUUAAAACUUCACUUGAAAGAAAAAAUAACGUAAGACUGUUGCUUUUACAGAAUAUUCAAAAUGGAUAUUUUUUAUUGUCCUGUGUCUGUUUUUAUUUUUCAUAUAAAAAAAAAAAAAAAAAGACGCAGAAAGUGUUAUCACUAUGUUCUGUUUACAUCAAAGUAUAUGUGUUUGUUUGGGGUAAGGGGGUGGGAUUGGGGAUAAUACUAUUGCUAAUAAUGUAAGUGUUUGAUGAGUGUACCCGAACCACAUGGUUUUAAUAAUGAUAAUCAGUCAGCACUUGGAGAUGUGGCUGCACCUUCACUGCACACGUUGUUUGGUUCCCCUAGAGCUCAAGGACGGUGAAACUUUUAAAACGAUAGGGCUGAGCCAGUUCAUACCUCGCUCUGGAUAUUACUUUAAAUGUCUGCCCCGGACACUAUCAGUUAUACAUUGGAGGAUUAUGAUGAAAAAAAAACCAAACACCUUAUAAAUAAAGGGAGAUUAUCAUGUUUUUCAAUAAUGAUGACGACGACGUCUUUAAUAAAUUUGAAAAAUGUCAUUUUUUUCUGCCACUCCGUUCAGUUGUGGUUUGUGAAACCAGCUGAUGGCCUACUAACCUGGGAUUACUGGUCUAAUUCCAGUCCAGGUCCAAAAUACUGACCUGCCCACAUUUCUGCACCCCCGGCUAGUCCAUAAGCAAGUCCUCAGGACUCCCCUGAAAACGAGACAGUAUCGCAUCUCAACGCUGUCCAAUCCUGCAGCAGCGCGGGAAUGAGGCUCGUGUCGCUCACCUGCAGAGUUCAGACGCAGCCGUGUACCCGCGUGGGUUUGGGUGCAGCCACUUUUAACUAUGUCUGUAUAUUUUGAAGGUUGGGUACGUGAUCACAUUCCCUGGUCCUCCGUUGGCUCGGUACCCUUUGAUUCCGGGAUGGACACAAGUUGUCCUUUUGUUUUAUGCAUCGGAAACAAAAAUAUUAUCGAAAUCCGGACAGCCGUGGGAAUCUGAUCACGUGAAUACUACAGUGAUGGCCAACAGGUUUGCAUCACCCUAUAUAAAAUGAACAAGUUUUGCUUCAUGAAGUCCAAUGAAACCUGCUGAAUAAUGUUACAUUGGCAUAUUGAAUUACAUACCGCUUUCUAACGUGAAAUACUGUUCUACUAUCAUGGCUUCCGGUAGACUUUUGCGACAUCGUUUUGUAGUUUCUUUGAUUUACAUGAUGUUAAAUAAAAUAUCUAAAUAGUCUCAAUCCUAAAAUUCUAGGUGAUGCUAAUUUUUUGGCCAUGGCUGUAGACUCAGCCUAUGUUAGUGCCUGAUAAAGAGUUCAUGAGCUGAAGUUUAAAAGCACUAUUUCUCCCGAGCUUGGCUGGAGAGGACCCUUCUGUCAGCCCUCCCUCUCUCUCUGUCUCUCCUGGCACUGCCGCCUCGCCUCGAAGGGUUUUGUGUAAAUGGAAAGGGGCUUUACUGCACUGUUCAGUUGCUGUAUUGUUUUUCAUUGUUGUUUUUUGGAGGGGUUGUGUGGUGGCUGUGGGUUUGGUUUGGCGGUGGGUGAAAAGCUUGUCCUUUUAAAGGUUGGUAGAUGAGAGAGGAGGCUGGGAUCCUGCUUUCCACGUGUUUGACAUGUUGGAUGAUCUCAUCUAUAGGCUGGCCGCUGCGCUGACCUGACCUGACCCAUGGGGAGUGAGCAGGGUGUGAGUGACCUGACGUAGCGACAGGUGCUGGGUAAUAAUCAGAAGGGGAGGGUUUUUUUUAUUAGGGGAGGGGGUGACCACAAGCCAUUGAGUGUAUUGAGGCUCUGAAACCUUCAUCUGUUGGCGGAGCCCAGCAUGGUGCAGCACACAAAGCUUAGCAUAGCUGCACCCCUCUUUCACUUACGAACACAGUGGCUGAUGUAGAUUUCUUUUCAAGUGGGAUAUUCAGGGUGGAUUGGUAGAUUUUCAGACCCUGGUGUGGUUGGAGCAUCGAAAAGCUUGAAGCACUAAAAAAAAAAAAAAAAAAAUGGAAUGGAAUGGAAAACAUUUUUAUAUAUAUAUAGAUAUAUAAUGAGUUUGGGGGAACGGAGCGCCAUGUGCAGGCAGCACUAUUUGAAUUCGUUGUGCAAUGACAUUGACUUGGUACUUUUGUGUCUUUGUAGUUUUCAGUAAGUUAGUCGUCGAGACUUUAAAUUUGAUCUUAAAUCACGGUAGUGAUCUUUUAUUUUUACUUUUAGAAUCAAAGUCCCUGAAUUGGAACAGUGACUCUAAACAGAACGGACCUUUUCCCCCGCUGUGCUGUGAGAGACAGGGCUUGGGGUGGGCUGGAGAGUGAGCCACGCUGGGGUGUGGAAGAGUGUGCAGCAGUGUGCACGCUCACAGGACCUCUUGGAAGAGAGUGCAGCAGUGUGCACGCUCACAGGACUUCUUGGAAGAGUGUGCAGCAGUGUGAGAGAAAGACGUGACUCGUGAAGCUCGUAUUCAUUUAACGUUAAACAAUAUAGAAAUUAAAGUAACUGGAAAUUAAAUAUGCCUUUGCAUAUACCUCUACACAAUCCAUGCCCGUUGCUGCAUGUCCUAUAAUAUGCACAACUGUUUAGAGUAUUUAAAUCCUCCCCCCCCUCCAGUUGUUUGCUCCAAUGGCACCCAUGCUACCCAUGCUCUGCUUCCCGGCUGCCCAGAACAGAACUCCCUGCCCAGCCUGGCGUCUCUCAGCCUGCCCCGCCCCAGCCCUGGAUCCAGAGAGCAGCUGGAACAGGCUGCAGGUCCUGCACAUAGACAAGGAAGAAAGAAAUAUAUAUAUAUAUAUAACUAUGAAUAGUUUUAUUGACAUGGAAAUAUUCAGAGGAAAAAAGAUUGUCCUGAACAGACAUGCUGUUAUUUUUCUAAGAGUGUUUUUAAGCAUACUUAAUUUUUUUUCCAUGCAUUCCACGGAAGUGUUCACAGUGUCAAUUUAGAUUUUUAAUUUAUUAUCCAAAGUUAUUUUCUCUUUUAUUAUUAUUAUUAUAAUUAUUAUUAUUAUUAUUAUUAUUAUUAUUAUUAUUAUUAUUAUUAUUAUUAUUCUCAGCCUUCUACAAACUGUAUACAAGACCUAGCUGAACUGCGUGGGUUUCAUGGGUCUUGAAAGCGAGGAUGUGGACCAGAGGGUGGGGGAUGAUGGGAGGGGGGGAUUUUUACCUGGAGUAAAACAUUUUUUAAGAAAUUGUUAAAAAAAAAAAAAAAAAAAAAAAAAAAAAACAACCGAACAUCAUUUUUUCUGAAAUGCUUGCUAAGGGCAGGUCAGUAAUUAGCGCGGGAGCUCUGUGUGUGGCUCUACUGUUCGUUGUGCAGUGCCGCGUGUAACCAGAGCUCUUCACUAAAGGUGGACAGCUGGCAGUCUCGCUCAGUCAAGCAGCAAGUUGCUUUGUCUGAAUCACACUGUUUCAGUCAGCUGGAGGGCAGCCUGGGGACCUUGUUUACAAGGGCCUCUAGACGUCAGGUCCAGCGCUUUCCAUCCCCCUCCUUUUCAACGUCCCGGGUUGCUGAAGGAGGAGGGAGUGCUGCAGCGUCUCGAGUGAGGAGCUUGAAUGCGUGACGGGACUGUGUCUCUGCGUCUCCUGAACUGCUUGGCACAGUGGAAUUUUCACAUCAAGAAAGGACAUAGAGCCCCGAAACAGCAAUUUGCCUUUCUAGUGCCCGAACGUUAACAGGAACUGCUGCUUCUUAACAGGACCGUAUUCAAUUAGAUUCGAGAGAAAGGGGAGGGUUCUGCUGUGAAACAGACUUCGAUACACAGUCUGAAGGGGAAAUAGAAACAUACGUGAGACUUUACUUUGAAAACCCGGUUUUUGUUUUUGUCUCUUUUUUUUGUAUUCUAGUGGGUUAUAAUACCUUCACAAAAGAAUCAUGCCUUUUGAAUCCUGCUGAGUGGAUUUUGUAGGAAAAUGACUUGAUUAUAACCAUGUGCCUCUUGGAUAGGGGGCCUUAGACUUUUUAAGUACAGCUUUUAAAGAUUGUACCGUCUCUUUAAGAGGAUUUAGCUAGCUAGCAUAAUCCAAGUGUAAAUACAGUAAUAGCACACGUAUACAGUAGCUACUCAUCCACAUGCUUACAUCUCCCACUUUCUUACAUGUUAUUGCUAUCAUUUUUUUUUUUUAAAUAGCUUUUUUUCAUUAUUAUUUUAUAAACUUUUAUCGCAGUUAAGUAGUGACUAAUGUUUUGGAAGGCGUGCUCAGUGGUAUUUUAGGAAUUUUAACACUUGUAUUUUUUCUACCAAAAAAAAAAAGACAUUUUGCAUUUUAUUUCCCAUACAUCAAACAUACUGAAGCAUGAUAAUGGAAUAUUAACUCGAUUUCAUAAAUAGUUUGUGUAGUUUACAGUUUAAGAACUAAAGAAAGAAAAAAUAACAAUAAAUUAAUAAUCCAUUUGUAUGUAACUCUUUACAAUGAUAGAUUCAUUGUUGACUGAUAUUAAGUUGUUGUUGCUAUGGCAACAAAACUACAACGUGGCUACCUUUGUAUACCUUAAUUGUGAAAUGAAAGUAAAUCAUUUUUCACAUGUAAAUUGAUAAUGUACAACAGCAUUAACUUAUUAAAAAUGGUACAGUUAGACACUGUCAUAUAAACCGAUUUUGUUGUUCUAUUGAAUAUUUUGUAAAGGGAAAAAAAAGUAAUCCAAAGUCCCUGGAGAUCAGGUGUGUAGAUUUAUUUUUUUUUACAUUUUUUUUUUAGAUCAGGAGUUUCAAAGCUUAUGGAAUUUGCAUCUGAGUUUUAUAGCUAACAGAAUCGCUGGUGGUGGGGAAUGGGACCUGCUCUCCUGCUGUGAGGACCCAUGGCACAGCGGUGGUCAUCGUGUUGACUGGAAGGAAGGGCAUUUUAAAUCUUACAAGUUGAAAUCCCCCCUGUGGCCUCAGUGUAACAAUCAAACAUGCGUCUGGUCAAGCUCUAACCUUGUCACGCCUCACGACCUCACGUGGGGACGGAUAAGGAAACUCUCUUCUAGUCUUUACAUGGGGAGAUGUGGCAGACCCAAGUGCAUGGUAACCACAGUGAUAUGAGGAGGCCAUGCUUUUUUCCCCCCAGCUAUUUUCAAUAUUUGAUGCAUGAAAGGGUUAACCUGCCCCCCCCCCACAUUUUUUUCUCUGUGAUAUUUUCUUAAUGAGUGCUGCAUUGGGACAGGUCAGUGGUUACACUUGUAAGUUUUAAAACGUCGCCAGGAUGGGAUGAGCGAAACAGGAAACGAUGUGCUAGAAUCAAUACAGAUGUAGUCUAGUUAAUAUAACUGUGAUGCUUCAUACCCUCUUUAAACCCUUCCUGCCCAUGAAGUGCUCUUACAAGGGGCAGUCCAGAUGCAUUGCAGUCAGUCCCUCCCCCCAGUGCUUCACCAGGGUUCACAGUGUUGAAGCUUGCAUAUGCUGCAGUUCAGUGUACGAAUGUGUGAUAUUCACCCUAUUUGCACUUAUGUACAUAGUUCAAUGAAAGAAAUAUUCAGAGCGUAUUUUGAAUAUAAAAACCCCAGGUCUGUAUUGUUGUUAAUGCAGGGGUGUGUUUGUAAAAGAGCUAGGCGUUACUACGGCUUGGAGGGAUUUUUCGCUAUAAAACGUAUCUGAAAGCAUGACGUUGCUUUGCUGUUGUAAAAAAGCUUUGUAGUUUUGCUCUAGCUUACAGUACGACAGGCAGGUCCAGUUUUCAUCGAUGCCUACUGCUUCCCAUUGUUACAGUGUAGCAUACUACUGUCAGUCUUAAUAAUCUCCAUUCUGUAUGUUUAUGAAUACGGGAAUAUCGGAAAACUGGCAGACCUGGAACUGUGAUCAUUAGCAGAGUUUUCAUAUUGUGUACCGUGCGCGAAUGGCUGAUCGCCGGCCCUGCUUCAUGAAUUGAUACCAAAGAUGUUGCCACGGAGCGCAGGGCCGGUGAAACGGGGCUGUUGUUUGUUUGCUGGUGGGUGCAGAGCGUCGCCCCGCAGCACAGUCCCAGUGCCGUGAUGUUAAAGGACAGCAGAGCCCUAGUUCACUCAGUUCCGAUCCAGAUCUGUUCUGGGAAGCUGGGCUCUGUGAAUUCAUCUCACCAGACGCCCACGGAGCUGUUGAGUUUGAAAGUGAAACCUGUAAAAACGUUGCUAAUGAUCUGCAUUCAGCACAGUGUUGGAAUAUGUACAGCGAAUCAGUCAGACAAGGAACUCAUUCGAGGGGUUUUAUUUAGUUUGUUUUUUUAUUAUUAUUAUUAUUAUUAUUUUUUUCCAAAUCUUUUUAUUUUUUCAAUUAAUGAAAAAAAAAAAAAAUAGUAGUAAGGAGUCGCAAAAACUUUUUUCUUCAUGCAAAUCGGAAAAAAUAAAAGUUAACUCACCAGGUCUAACACACACACACAUGCACACAUAACCACACACACACACAUGCACACACAUGCACACAUGCACACACACACACACAACCACACACACACACGCACAACCACACUCAUACACGCACGCACACACACUCACACAACCACACACACACAACCCCCCCCACACACACACAACCACACACACACUCACGCACGCACACACAAACACACUCACACACACACUCACAACCACACGCUCACAGGGAAAGGCUCUGUUUAUGCGAUAUUGUACAUUUAAUGCUGUUCGGUAGUGUUGGGAGCCAAUAAUUUUGUUGCCAUGGCGCUUGUAUCCUAGCAGAAGAGGUGGCGGAGGGGGGAACUCUUGACAGAUUUUGAGGGGGGGGGAACCCCAGGCCCUUGUUGUUGUUUCACAAAUUAAAAAGUGUAUUAUUAACAAAAUGGAGAACCUGGGGGGCGAUCACCAAAUAUUGGGAGGGUGUGGGGUGAAUCUGAACUGCACUGGAUUGAAACUGCUCUUCCACUGCAGCGGAAAACCCAACAGUCAGUUUCAUCGUUCUCAGUACUGUGUAUUCAGAACUCAGUACUGGAGUGGCAUCUGACAGCCAGCAAAUUCUAUAGAGUCCAGAUAACUCAGUACUGCGGAUCUGAGAGUAUACUGUAUAGAACUCAGUACUGCGGAUCUGAGAGUAUACUGUAUAGAACUCAGUACUGCGGAUCUGAGAGUAUACUGUAUAGAACUCAGCACUGCGGAUCUGAGAGGAUACUGUAUAGAACUCAGUACUGCGGAUCUGAGAGUAUACUGUAUAAAACUCAGUACUGCGGAUCUGAGAGUAUACUGUAUAGAACUCAGUACUGCGGAUCUGAGAGUAUACUGUAUAGAACUCAGUACUGCGGAUCUGAGAGUAUACUGUAUAGAACUCAGUACUGCGGAUCUGAGAGUAUACUGUAUAGAACUCAGUACUGCGGAUCUGAGAGUAUACUGUAUAGAACUCAGUACUGCGGAUCUGAGAGUAUACUGUAUAGAACUCAGUACUGCGGAUCUGAGAGUAUACUGUAUAGAACUCAGUACUGCGGAUCUGAGAGUAUACUGUAUAGAACUCAGUACUGCGGAUCUGAGAGUAUACUGUAUAGAACUCAGUACUGCGGAUCUGAGAGAUGCUGUGCAAUGCUCCCUGGAUGCUGCAGGUAUUCUUCUCAAAGCCAUAACACCAGGAGUCCCCUCCCCUUCACCUACAACUGACUGGAUAGAUAAAUGCUUUUGAGUUUUUCAUUUUCUCUCUCUCUCUCUGCUAUAAUAGCUGUAGUGCUUGUAUGUGCUUUAGAAUUGUGCUUUAUGCUAAUCUUUUCAGUAUAUACAAAUAUAAAUAUAUAUAUAAAUAUAUAUAUUACUUCUGUUAUUUUUUGACCUUUUAAUAAAGCACUAAAAUACA